CGAGAUACAGCGAGAACGAGAACGCUAGCGACCGCGCUAGCCAGUUUUGUUCCCCCGUUUGAGAUUAAUCUCGUUCUAUUAUGGCUACAAUGUCCGGAGGAACAAACCUCGGGAUUCUCGGGACAAGCCAGGCCAGCUCCGGAACAUUCGCACACCGAAAAAAAGAUAGCAGUCCGUCCGCUAGGUUCUGGGAGAGUCCGGAUACUUUAGCCCAACUGGAGGUGGUGCGACAGUGGUUGGGGAAGCACCACAAAAAGCAUGUAUUGGUGGAUGCCCCGUCUUGUCAAACUCUGGCUGCAGUCACCUUACAGCUCCUCCAUUUCCAAGAGGAUGCCUUUGGUCGACAGGCUACCAGUCCUGCACUCACCAAGCUGCCAGCUCAGUGCUUCCUGGACUUGCGGUCGGGGGGUGGACUCUGCCACAUUCUCGGCACCGCUUACAAGUUCAAGGCUGAGCAGGGCUGGCGAAGGUUUGACUUGCAGAAUCCGUCGAGAACUGAGAGGAAUGUGGAGAUGUUUGAAAUGAUUGAAAAAGCACUUCUCCAGAACAGCUGCAUGUCCCUUCCUGUGGUAUAUCUGGACCCUACACUGGACCCAGAGCUGACUAGCAGACUGGCUGGGAUCAUCAUCAAACACCAGGGCACCCUCACGGAGGACGCCACGCUUGCCAGUCAUCACGUCUGCGCCUCACCUGCUUCUCCGGAGGAAGAUGAGUGGAUGCGUCCGGUGAUGCGGAAAGACACAGAUGUCUUGGUGCAUUGGGGCAUGCACCCUGACAGUUAUGACAGUUGGCUGUCCUCGAGUGAUGUUGAAGGAGAAGUCGAAGAGCCCCCACAGCUAGAAAGGCCACUAAGGGUCCACGCUGGUUGGGUUCUGGACACGGAUGUCUUUAAUGAGUGGAUGAAUGAGGAAGACUACUACGUAAAUGAGAGGAACCUGCCGGUCUCCUACCGUCAGCGCAUUCACCUUCAAGACAACCAGGACUCAAAAUCCAACACAUCAAAAAAGAGAAGACGAUCCCCCUCUCCUCCCUCCACUGAAGGCAGGAAGAAAGGAAAGAAGGGGAGGAGGCGCGGACAACAGGAAGAAGAGCCGGAAGAGGACCUGACCAAAGACAUGGAAGACCCGACUCCCGUGCCCAACAUGGAGGAGGUCGUUCUACCCAAGAAUGUGAAUCUGAAGAAAGACAGUGAGAACACUCCAGUGAAAGGAGGAACUAUGGCUGACCUGGAUGAGCAAGAGGAUGAUUUUCCAGGAAGGGAAGAUGAGGAUGGAAGAGCAGAGAUCCCUCGUCUGUCAGAGGGAGAGGACAGCAUCACAGAACAAACUCACCACAUUAUAAUACCGAGCUACACGUCUUGGUUUAAUUACAACAGCAUUCACUCAAUAGAGAAACGUGCGUUGCCUGAAUUCUUCAACGGAAAGAACAAAUCGAAAUCUCCUGAAAUCUACCUGGCAUAUCGCAACUUCAUGAUCGACACGUACCGCCUCAACCCCCAGGAAUACCUCAGCUCAACAUCCUGCAGGCGCAACCUGACUGGAGAUGUUUGCGCUGUCAUGAGGGUUCAUGCGUUUUUGGAGCAGUGGGGUUUGAUCAACUACCAGGUGGACGCGGAGAGCAGACCUCUCCCCAUGGGCCCUCCGCCUACCCCUCAUUUCAACGUACUGGCUGACACGCCAUCUGGGCUGGCACCCCUGCAACACAAGCCCCUACAGGUCUCGGCCUCGCAGCACAUGUUGUAUUUCCCGGAAAAGAGCAGAGAGAAACCGUCGGACUGCCAGAACUUCGGUCUGCGCUCGGACAUCUACGCCAAGAAGCACCCUAAGACUAAAGGAGCGAACGCAGGAAGGGAAUGGACAGAGCAGGAGACGCUGCUGCUAUUAGAGGCCUUAGAGGUUUACAGAGACGACUGGAACAAAGUAUCAGAGCACGUGGGCUCCAGGACACAGGACGAAUGCAUCCUUCACUUCCUCCGUCUGCCGAUCGAGGACCCCUACCUGGAAGACUCUUCGGCUUCUCUGGGCCCUCUGGCGUAUCAGCCCGUGCCUUUCAGCCAAUCGGAGAACCCUGUCAUGAGCACUGUGGCCUUCCUGGCGUCCGUAGUGGAUCCUCGAGUGGCGUCGGCUGCGGCGAAGGCAGCGCUGGAGGAGUUUAGCAGAGUGCAAGAAGAAUCGGCGGAUAAAGGCUCUGAAACGUCCAACCAGCCGCAAAAACCAGAGUCAAUGGAGCCAGAAAAACUGGAGUCAAACUCUAAUCCCCUUCAGGUGCCUUCGAGGGUGGAUGGGGUCAAAGUGGAGACCAGCGGGCCAAAAAUGGAGGCGGAGCUAAUCAAAAGAGAACAUCCUGAAAACAUACUCGCGGAGGACAGAGACGGAGGGGGAGACGACGAGGAGAGCAUGGACCGGCGGGAGGUGGAAGGGGACGAGGGAGGGAGGGUGAUGGAGCUGGAUCUGGUGGACGGUAGCGUUGCCACGGCAGCAGCAUCCGCUCUGUCCUCAGCUGCCACAAAGGCCAAGCAUUUGGCCGCAGUGGAAGAGAGGAAGAUCAAGUCCCUGGUGGCUCUGCUGGUGGAGACACAGAUGAAGAAGUUGGAAAUUAAGCUGAGGCACUUUGAAGAGCUGGAGACCAUCAUGGACCGUGAGAAAGAGGCUUUGGAGCAGCAGCGGCAGCAGCUCUUGUCAGAGAGACAGACUUUCCACACGGAGCAGCUGAAGCAGGCAGAGAUGAAGGUCCGCCAGCAGAGGGAGCAGCAGGGGCAGCCGGGUUACACAAUGCAGCAUUCAGGCCAGUCCUUGCCCAAUCGGAUGAUGCCUGCUGGGGGAAACGCCCAGCCGAUGGCCCCUCGACACCCUGGAGCUCCCAAUGGCAUGUACCCGUCCUCACAGCCUGAUGGAAUAGCACCGGCUCAGACCGGUCCUCCAUCGUCCAGUCACAGCUGAGCCGUCCAAGAAACACGACCCACACAUACACAAACACACACACACGCGCACACACACACACAUGCACCACUUCCAACCAGAACAACGUAGCUCUGGUAAACGUUCUGGAACAGCUGUUUUAAAAUUGAAGUCUGUAGCUCUUCAUUAGUCACAUGUUUUUAGACUGAAAGCUUCACAAGCACAUAAACACAGUCGGUGUGUAUUUGGUCAGCAGCUCAGUCCGUCUUCUAUCUGUGAAAUAUUUGUGCUCUGAUGUCAGAGUUGAGAAAUCGGCAGAUUGAACUCAACUCAUUAAAGUUGCUUUUCUAUGAA